AUGCCUCAACCAGGCUCGCCCGACUUUUGCACCUUGGGAAUGUUUUUUCUUGACGAUAUUGAAUUCGGUAGCUCCAGACCGGCUGUCAAAAAUGUUCUGGGGGGCGCGGCCUCGUUCGCUGUCGUUGGCGCUCGAAUGGUCGCAGGACCUAUGCAUGCGCGGUCUGUCAGUUGGAUCGUCGAUGUGGGAUCUGAUUUCCCUCCAGAGGCGCUCGCCAGCAUCAAGUCAUGGGGCACAGACUGUGUGAUCCGCGAGGACCACAGUAGGCUGACCACCCGUGCGUGGAAUGGAUAUCAUCCAGACGAGAAGCGGGACUUCAAAUACCUGACGCCGAAGCUGAGAUUGGAACCUCAUAUGCUGUCAGACAAACAGGUCUGGUCAAAGACGUUCCAUAUGGUGUGCUCUCCAUCUCGGUGCGUGUCGAUCGUGGACGAGAUCGUGACACGUCGACGAGAACUCUACGAAGCAGGCAAGGCUUCCUCCGCUGAUCAUUCCAUGUCGCGGCCAAUUUUCGUCUGGGAGCCGGUGCCGGAUCUUUGCACACCCGAGGAGCAGGAGAAGUUCCUCGCGGCCAUUCGAGUCGUCGAUGUAGUGAGUCCCAAUCAUCAAGAACUGGGAAUGAUGUUUGAGCAAGGCGGAUGGUCCGCAGCGAGUGAAGAAAGCCAAAGACUUGUGGAUAGGAUCUUGGCCGCUGGGAUCGGUCCCAACCAGGACGGAUGUCUGAUAAUACGAUCGGGGAGAGAUGGAAGCUACGCAUUUUCCAGGGCGCAAAAGCUGUGGCUACCAGCCUAUCAUCAGCCAGAAUUCUCUAGCGCCACGGCUGUUGUCGAUCCAACCGGCGCGGGCAAUUCGUUCCUGGGAGGAUUGGCGCAAGGUAUGGUCAGCACAGGACGGGAGCCUUUCAAUGUCAUUGAUCGUGUUCUAUCAGCUGCUCCCGCUUGGCAAGAGACCCUCGAGGCUUGGGGAACACGGCGAAACAUGCCCAUGGCCCUCAUUUGUGCCACAGUUGCCGCAGGCUUCGUGGUUGAGCAGAUUGGCGUCCCCCGAAUCUCAGUGGUGGAUCCUGGCAGAAAGGAAUUGUGGAAUGAGUCUGAAUUCGCGGAAAGAAUCCGCCUGUACACGCAGCGCUUAUAUGAAACAUUCAAAGAGUCUCCGCAGAGACACCGGAUGAUCAAUUGA